AUGGGAAUGGCUAGAGUGGUCAAAGAUUGUACUUCAGGUUGGUCAAAGGGGAUUGGUUUUAUACGAUAUUCUACCCUUGAAGGGGCUGCUGCUGGCAUAGAAGGCAUGGAUGGAAAGGAGAUUUGGAAGCUAGCAACUGUUGCUGGUGAUGGCGCCUCAAUGUCGGUUGUUCCUUAUGUUCAGGUUGCUCAUGCUUCUCGUCGUGGUCGACGGCCAGGGCGGAUGAGGCUUCCGCCUGUUCUUCCUGAGUAUGUUGACCUGGGGGAUAGUCGUUGUGUCUGCGAGUAUUGUGGUGCCUUUUUUUGGUUUUCUGAAAGGAGCAUGAAAUUAUCUACACGUCAUCAUCUGAGCUUCCUGAGGUACAUUAGGGCUUAUAAUAGUAUGUUCUCUAUGACUUCUUUUGGAGCUAUUGUAGAUGAUGAAGUAAACGAUGGUCGUGGUCCUUAUGUUUUUAAGACAAAUCUUCUGGAUGAGGGCAUUGUUAGGUUUCUGGUGUCCUUUCUCAGUGAGAAUAAUGAAUAUGUACGAACGUUUAAGACUGCAAAACAGUUUGCGGAUGAGAUGAAUAUCCCAUCAUAUUCAGUUCGUCUAUUUAAUGACAUUGCUGAUCGUAGGUAUGAUUUACCUACACCUGGAUCUUUAGGUUGUAUUGUUACAAGUGAUGCGGCUGUUGGUGAUCGUUACGACAUUGUCAUUCAUUCCAAUACAGGUCGUCCUCAGCGUAUUAGUAAGCUACACCCUACUUAUAUGCCUCUGCAUUACCCGCUUUUGUUUCCAUACGGUGAGCUCGGAUGGUGUCCGACCAUGAAGUUAGGAAACAGAACUAAUGUUGGGGCUAAAAACCUCACGGUAAAUAUGUAUUAUGCAUACCACCUUCACGGGCGUCAGCACAUAUGGUCUGCUAUUCUUAAUUCUUCCCGAUUGUUUCAGCAGUGUUUAGUCGAUGCGUUUACAUGUAUCGAGGAUAGUCGUCUCCAGUUUUAUGCAACACAUCAGGACAUCCUUCGCUCCGAAUAUGUUGGAGGCCUUUAUGAUGCAUUGUCAAAAGGUGAUAGGGAGUCCCGAUCAGUUGGGAAACGGGUAUUCCUACCAGCAUCUUUUACUGGUGGUCCACGUUAUAUGUAUAGCCACUAUCAAGAUGCUUUAGCGAUCUGUAGGGUAUACAGAAAUCCACAGUAG